CUCUAGUAAAUAGUGUAAAUAAACAGUUUAAAACAUAAACAAAUGUUAAUUCUGACGCUCUCUGUCCCACAGGAUGAGGCUUCUUCUUGUCCUAAGCGCACUGCUGGCUACUGCCAGUGCUGCACCCUCGUACUUCUCCUUUUCCCCGUCCGUGGGGUCAGGGUCUGGAACCUCUUACACCAUCACAGGAAUGGGCCGCAUCACUGCCGUCAGAACAUGGGAGAUUAAUAAUGGACGCGUCUAUGGCAUCCAGCUCCGUUAUGGGACCACAUGGUCACUAGUUGCGGGCUACAGAAGUGGCACUGUCAAGGAGAUUGAGCUGUUCGACGACGAGUUCAUCGUUCAGAUCUCCGGCAAGUUCGCUCACUACAUCGAGUCCCUGAUGAUCGUCACCAACAGGGGGCGCUCCCUCAUUGCUGGACAACCAUCUGGAACCACCUUCAAUAUGUACACCAUUCAUCCAACGGCCGAGCUCCGUUUCCUGAGCGGUCGCUACCACGGGGGCCUCACCUCCAUCGCCUCUCACUGGGCAGUGCUCAGCACAUCCAAUGGCACUGCUGAUUAG